CCACGCUACGCUACGCUACCCGCCCAGAACCCCCUAAGAUUAAUCGAUUUCUUUCUCUCCCUCUAGCAACCACAUUUACUCCUUCCCCAGACCGCAGACCCAUAAUCCUAUUUAGUGUCUCCAUACCAUACGGGGAUUCUCUCCUUUCCUAUUCCAAUUGUCUAUGAUACACCAAUAGGACAUAGGAAUCUAUUUUCUUAAAAGCAUUUUAUUUUAGGGAAAUCGCGAUGCCGCGCACUUCCACACGGCAGGCCCCCCUGCCUCGAGGGCAGCCCGGGAUUCAGAGUUUCGCAAGAACGACCAAGCCUGGGGUAGUUACCCGACAAGCUCUCGCGGAGAUCAAGAAGCCCUCGACGACGACGACGACGACGACGACGACGACGACGACGACGACAAGUCUCCCGGUCUCGCCUUCCAAGAAACGCAAGCUGCAUGAGCUUGAGAAUGUCGAUUGUCGCGGCCCAGAGCACAUCAAGGAGGAAAGUACGCCCACGGAGGCAGUCACGCCGUCGAAGACCCUUCGGUUGGGUGAAUUGGUUCUUGAUACGCCGAGGAGUGGGCAUUAUGUGCGGUCGUCGGUUCGGAAUACGACUGGUACUGGUUGUGGGAGUCCGCCGACUUCGCCCUCCAAGCGCAGAGUUACGAAGAAUGUAUCAUCGUCGGGUUCGGUUCUUCCCGUGAAACGCCGUUCAGCAUGUGUUGAUGAUCUCGUGAAUUUGCAUUCGGCGUUCCUUAAGGCUGUGGCGCUUCAUGCGAUGCAUAAUGGUGUUACUGCCCCUGCCGACUUGCGAGAACUGCUCCCUACUAUUGAGCGACUGUGGAAGAAGAGGAAGGUGGUGGUUAAGGAUCUGCAGCGGUUGCUUUGGGUAUUGGAGCAGGAGUCGGAAGCGAUGACAUUCCCGGGGUAUCGGAUUGCGAACUACGGGUUGGGCAGGGUGUGUUUGGAACGGGUGUUGCGGGACGGCGAGGAGCGGAUGAGUGAGAGUGAUUUGCAGGAGCGGUUUGAGCAGAGUGUGGAUUUGCUCUGGGAGAAGGCGCUGGAUGCGGUAGAUGGCGAUGAGACGAGAGUGGAUUUCGUUGGAUCGCUGGGCGUGGCCAUCAUCCAUGAGUCGUUGACGCCGUUUACGACGUUUCGCAAGGGACAGCAACGGUUGCAGGAUUUGAAGGGUGGGGUGAUUCGCUUGAAGACGGAGAGGCUGCGCGCUGAUGCGAAGGAGGAGGCGCCGGAGAAGCCGGUCGAUGCGACGAGUACGCGCCGGAAGGGCCUGCUGGAUCGCAUCAAGGAUAAGCAGCUGCGUCAGGCCAAGUUGCCGCCGCCGCCGUCGAAGGAGAUGCUGCUGCGGAGGGCGGCCGCGGAGCGAGUGGAGGAGGUUGCCGGGGUGUUGGCGUUGCUGAGACCGGCGGGGUAUGUUGGCACAGGGGCGAAGGCUGUCAUGACGGCGCAGCGGACGCCGUUUCGUAUGGAGAUGAUUGCGCAGAAUGUGCGGGACUCCGUGCGGAGUCCCAUUUCGCUGCAGGAGGUGGAAAUCUCUGUGGAGAUUCUGGCCCGGGAGGAUGUUGCUGGGGGGUGGGUGAAUCUCGUCACGGUGAAUCAUAUGCGGUCUGUGGUGCUCAAGUCUUGCGCUGAUGUCCAGCCCAAGGAGAUCGGGGCCAAGGUGGCCCAAUUGAAGAUAGGAUGGGAGGGAGCUGAUGCGUCCACGACGGUGUCUUCUGUAUGAUGUCUACGUUGGGUACAUGUCUUUCUUUUGGAUGGAUGUUCUGUUUGAUACCUCAUCCGGUGGCCUGGUAUGCUCCGGCAUUAUGAUUGCAUUGUCAGCGUAUGUAGCAUUAGC